AUGGCAGACUCACAGGGCAAAACGAUCCUGCACAUCAACUUCGCCGACAUCGUCGACCAGCCGCUCUCCCUCACCGGAGCUACCAAACACAGAUUCCGGUUCAUCGACGGUGAUGCCCUCGCCCAUAACUCGAUCAUUCAUGUCCUGGAGUUUGAGACUCUUCCUACGUCGCCGUAUGCCGUCAUUUCAUACGUCUGGCGAGGCCUACCACCUCUUCCCAACGAGACGUCGACGCUGCCCAAGAUCAACGUCAAAGGAGCCGAGGGAGCUGAUCCCAUUUCCGUCGAAGUGCUGAAGAUUGUGUCACUUGCGGCGGAAAGACAAGGAUGCAAAUUGAUCUGGUUGGACGCCUUGUGUAUCCUCCAAGACGACGACGACGACAAAGCAUGGCAGAUCCAGCGCAUGUACGACAUUUACCGCUCCAGUACCGACUGCAUCGUCGCUCCAGGCGGACUUCAGAGACUCGUCUCCCUCACCGAGGAGACGACCUGGGCAAGUCGCGCGUGGACCCUCCAGGAAGCCAUUGCGCCGCCCUCGGUGCACUGUUUAUUCGCAUGGGAUCGUGGCAGCUGUUACUUUCAGUCGAAUUUCCCGCUGCCGGUGGUGCAGCUUGAGAAUACAAAGGCGGCAGUUGCGCCGCUGAAGAGUGCGUUGGAGAUGUCGAUGAAGGGGAGCGUGGGCCUUUACGAUAUGAAGGGGAAGCAGAUGGAUUUGCCGUCUGAGGACUACAGGAUCAUGUUGUUUGGGGAUUCGAGGAGGGAUCGGCCGCGGAUUAGGGAGUUGAUUGAUGCGAUGGACAUGAAGGGCAAGACGGGCAUGUUCACAGCGAUAUGGCGCUCUUCGUUUAUGAGGGCGGCAAAAUACCCCGUUGAUACGGUGUUUAGUAUUAUGGGUAUCAUGGGAGUGACGCUUGACACGAGCAAGUUUGGGCUGGAAGAUCGAUUGGGUGCAACGAUUGCCUUGAUGAGGGCGAUUCUGGCGCGGGGUGGACGGGCGGAGUGGUUGGGCAUUGCGACAAAGGCGCUGCCGAAUCCGAAGUUGUCGACUCUGCCUGUGUUUCCGCAGGUUGAUGCUGCGAAGAGGCCGAUACUGGAGACGAAGGAUGGAAUGAAGGAUAUUGCGGAUAUCAUGGACACGGGGUGGAGGCUUGAAAAUACCCCGGUAGGAGUCAUGGAAGAUGAUGGGCAUUUCCGGUUCAGCGCAUUUUCGACGUCUGUGAGGCGGACGAAGGAGGAAGGGGAGUCUGCGACGGUGUUUCGGUCGGAGACGUUGGGGAAUUGGGAGGUUGUGGAAAAGGAGGAGGGAUCACAUACGGCUGUUUUGAUUGGCAAGUGGGAGCAGUAUAACAACGGGGCGUUUGGAGUGCUGCAGAACCCGUGGGAUCAGGCGUUGAUGAUACUGGAGGAGGGGGGUGGUGGGAGGUUUAGUAAUGUUGGGUAUGCUUUUGUGAAGGAGGAGGUUGUGAAGACGGGAAAUUGGGAGGAGAGGACAGUUGUUGUUGGAGGGCCGAAUUAG